AUGCCCUCCCACCUGCAGCCUCUCCUCGUCGUCGCAUUGAUCGCAUUCGUGCCCGCGGCGACCGCACUAGUGGUCGGAGGCAUCGACAUCCCACAUGCAAAAGUAUCACCCACGUCCCGAGCAUUAGAGGACCAGACCUACCCCGACAGGUGGCCCUUCGACGCUCGGGAUUUAACGCCGCAGGACCCGAGCGACGACCAGCUCUUUUAUCUCAUCCCGAAAUUCGUGCAGCAUGCGGGAGCGGAAUGCAGGGAGUCACUGACAAAGUACUACGGCUGCGUCCUGCCGGAUAAUGGUGAUGUGCUGGAUUUGUGCAGCUCCUGGACGUCGCACUACCCCAAAAACUACAAAGCGAAGCGCUGCGCCGCGCUCGGGUUGAAUGCGUUGGAGCUCCUCGCGAACCCCGCGAAGACCGAAUGGACCGUGCGGAACCUCAACAAGGACCCGACUUUACCUUAUGAUGAUAAUAGCUUCGACGUCGUCACGAACAGCCUGUCGGCGGACUACCUCACGAGCCCCCUCGAGGUGUUCAAAGAAAUCAGGCGCGUGCUCAAGCCGGGCGGCCUCGCGGCGAUGGCGUUUACAAAUAGAUGUUUUCCCUCGAAAGUAGUCCCGUGCUGGACGCGGCCCUUCACGGAGCCGUCGCACGCGCGCAUCAUCGCUUCUUAUUAUCAUUAUGCGGGCUUCGAUGAUGAUGAUAUAUCGGUGGUGGACGUGUCGCCCGACGGCUGGGUGGGCCAGCGCGAUCCCAUGGUCGUCGUCCAAGCGCGGAAAGCGCCGGCCGACCGGUUGGGGAGCCUCGAGGCGCUGGCGUAA